AUGAAUCAUACCAAGCCCGGGUCACUUUGGUGUCUUCAAGCUUCCUUGUGGAUAUUCGAGAAAAAGCUCAACAAUACACAGGUUCUCAUUGUUCUUGAUGAUUUGAAUGAAAAGUCUCACUAUGAUUGCCUUGUGGGAAAGCGUGAUUGGUAUUGUAAAGGAAGCAGGAUCAUAGUCACAACUAGAAACAAAUAUGUUCUAAACGCUCUUCAAGUUGAUGAGGCUUACAAACCACAAAUUUUGAACCUUGUGCAAUCUCUUCAACUUUUAAGCAUUCAUGCUUUCAAAACAAAGUCUCCUCCAGAAGACUUCGAAAGCAUCUCUGGAGAACUCGCAUCCACAGCCGUAGGGCUACCUUUAACUCUUGAGGUUAUAGGUUCGUAUUUAUCUAACAAGCCGGAAAAGGUAUGGGAAGCUACAUUGAAGAAGUUGGAGAAAAUACCAGAUGAUCAAGUCCAAAAAAAGUUGAGAAUAAGUUAUGAUGAAUUAACCCAUGAACAAAAACAGAUAUUUCUCGAUAUUGCAUGUCUUUUGACAGGAAUGGAAAAAACUUAUGCAUCUUACAUGUGGAAUAACUGUAGCUAUUAUUCAGAGAAGGAACUUUAUGACCUUUGUCUCAUGUCUCUAGUUAAAAUUGGAGAUGAUAAUGUAUUAAGGAUGCAUGAUCAACUUAAAGGUCUAGGCAGGGAAAUCAUUCAUCAAGAAAAUUUUGGAAAUCCAGGAGCACGUAGCUGGUUGUGGGAUCAGGAGGAAGCAAGGGGUGUACUAAAGGAAUGUAGGGAAACAGAAAAGGUUGAGGUCCUAAGUCUUGAUCACUUGGAUAAGGAGCUACCUUUUACAAAGAUAUUGAUUCUUGGUCACUGUGGGAAUUUACUCGAAAUUGACCCAUCCAUUGGCAAGCUGAAUAAUUUGAGAGAGCUUAACAUUUCUUGGACUAAAAUAAAGAAGUUACCUGAUACAAUUUAG